UGUCAACUCAAAAGUGACAUUGUGUUUGUCUACUUGAUAUUUUGUUAUUUAUGAAAAAAGUUAAAUCGAUCGAUUCUUGCCAUAAAUAAUUUAGAUUUCAAUAUUGUACAGGUGCACAAUGCAUAUGUAAUCAGGAAAUUAAAGAACAAUCAACAUAUUAUAUUCGUUCGAACCCGGUACCAUGGCUCACAAAGAUGAUGAAUCCUUCCCGGAUGAAUAUGUAUACAUCAACUCAGAAGACGGUAUGCCCAACAUUCAUCCCAACAUCGCCAAUUUAGAACAUGAAAGUGACGGCCAAGACGAAAUUGAUGACUUGGAUGAUUUGCCUAAAUCAGUUAUAGUUACCAAUAUUCAUAGCACCGUUUUCAAUGAUGAGAAUCUAAAGAAAGAGAUGGAAGAUCUUUUCCGCAUAUUCUCAGAAAAUACAACGUUUCAAUGGCUACGGAGCUUCAAACGUUUACGUGUUAACUACGAUAGCCCAUUAGCAGCUGCAAAUGCUCGUGUUCAGUUACACCAGUAUAAAUUUUAUGAUAACCGUAUAAAUUGUUAUUUUGCACAGCCAGUGACACCUGUAUCACUUAAAAAUUUGAGGCCUCCAGCACCUGUUAAACAGUUCCUUAUUUCCCCGCCAUCUAGCCCUCCCAUUGGUUGGGAACCUAGAGAAGAAGGUGAACCAUUAGUGAAUCAUGAUCUUCUAGCAGCUAUUGCAAGUUUGUCACCAGGAGAGAGUCAUGAAUUACAUGCGCCCACACCGACACAGCCAGCCAUUAUUGUGCAUACUGCUCUAGCAGUAGAAAGCAAUGACUCUGCAAAGCUUGGACGCUCAAUACCUCAAACUCGCUGUCCAAAUCAUUGAUACAGCAAUGCCUAUUUAAAUAUUCAGCAAUAGUUUAUUUAUAAAUUAGAGAAAAAGAAUGGAGCUUUUGAAAUCAUUCACAUGUCAAUUGUAGUGACCUGUGAUGCCAAAGAAAUGCAUUGCCCAUAUUUUUCUUUUUUAAAUGUAUCCUUAAUGAUAUAUACAAUAAUGUUGUUUUUAACAUAAAAAUAAUUUCUCUGGUAG